GAACGUGAAGGUAAUGCAGAGGUCAAAGGUCAAGGUGCAAUGAGUUCCGAUAUGGAAAAAGAUAAAGUUGAAAAGGGAAUGGAAAAUGGGGUCAAAAUUGAUGAAAAGGAAAAUAGUGAGGAAAAUGACCUUGACCUAAAUGACCCUGAACUUGCAAGUGCUGCUUUAAAAUUGCAGGCAGGCUUUCGAGGUCGCUUCAAAAACAGAGUUAAGAAGCCAGUAAAAGUAGAAGAUGAUAAAAGUGAAGGUGCUGCAGGUCAAACUGAGAUGAGGUCUUAUGUGCAUAAAGUUGAUGAGAAAAAGGAAAUAGAUAAAAAGGAAAAGAGUGAUGAAAUUGACCUUGACCUAAAUGACCCUGAACUAGCAAGUGCUGCUUUAAAAUUACAGGCAGGCUUUCGAGGUCGCUUCAAAAACAAAGUUAAAAAGCCAGUAAAAGUAGAAGAUGAGAAAGGUGAAGGUAAUACAGAGGUCACAGGUCAAACUGAGAUGAGGUCUGAUGUGCAUAAAGUUGAUGAUAGAAAGGAAAAGUGCGAGGAAAUUGACCUUGACCUAAAUGACCCUGAACUUGCAUCAGCUGCUUUAAAAUUGCAGGCAGGCUUUCGAGGUCGCUUCAAAAAUAGAGUUAAGAAGCCAGUAAAAGAAGAUGAGAAAGGUGAAGCUAAUAGAGAGGUUAAAGGUCAAACUGAGAUGAUGUCUGAUGUGCCUAUAGUUGAUGAUAAAAAGGAAAAGAGCGAGGAAAUUGACCUUGACCUAAAUGACCCUGAACUUGCAUCUGCUGCUUUAAAAUUACAGGCAGGCUUUCGAGGUCGCUUCAAAAAUAGAGUUAAAAAGCCAGUAAAAGAAGACGAGAAAGGUGUAGGUAAUAGAGAGGUUAAAGGUCAAACUGAGAUGAUGUAUGAUGUGCCUAUAGUUGAUGAGAAAAAGGAAAAGAGUGAGGAAAUUGACCUUGAUCUAAAUGACCCUGAUCUUGCAUCUGCUGCUUUAAAAUUACAGGCAGGCUUUCGAGGUCGCUUCAAAAAUAGAGUUAAAAAGCCAGUAAAAGAAGACGAGAAAGGUGAAGGUAAUAGAGAGGUUAAAAGUCAAACUGAGAUGAUGUCUGAUGUGCCUAUAGUUGAUGAGAAAAAGGAAAAGAGUGAGGAAAUUGACCUUGAUCUAAAUGACCCUGAGCUUGCAAAAACUGCUUUAAAAUUACAGGCUGGUUUUCGGGGUCGCUUCAGUAAUAAAAGUAAGAAACCUGUAAUCCAUGAUAAAAAGGAUGAAGUGACAAACAGUCAAACUGAACACGUUGAGAAAGAGGUCAAAGUUCAAGGUGACACUAAACCUAGUAAAACUGAAGAUAUUGACCUUGACCUCAAUGACCCUGAACUUGCCAAUGCUGCUUUAAAAUUACAGGCUGGAUUUCGAGGUCGCUUUAAAAAUAGAGCUAAGAAACCUGUAAAAGAUGAUGCAAAAGGGUCUAUACAGAAUAAAGGUCAGACAUUUGUGGAAGACAAAGCUAUGACAGAUGUUGAGGCAAAGACAAAGGUUGAUAAUACGGUCAAAGUUGGCUAUGUUGAACAAACUAAUGAAGUUGACCUUGAUCUAAAUGACCCUGACCUUGCUACUGCUGCAUUAAAAAUACAGGCAGGGUUUCGGGGACGUUUGAAAAAUAAAACUCAGAAAUCUGUGCAGGUUUGUAUGAAUAAAACUGCAUGUCGUGGAGUCAAGAUUUUGUAUGCAAUAUAUAUAACAUAUACACAGUAUUUUUACAGUCACAUUCGUUUACUAUUGUAUCAAUAUACUGUGUAAUAUUAAACUGCAUGUAAACUGUUGAUGAAUUUCUCUGUUGUUUAUCGUUGUUUGUUGUUGUUUUUGCUUUCUUUAUUUCCAUUUCAUUAUUAAAGUAUUUGUUUAAUUUUUUAUUAUUAUUGCCUAACCCCAG